AUCGAAGAUUCCCCAACAUAGCACUUCCUUUACAUUAUGGCCUGCAUUUUGGGUUGUAAUGUGGCGUUCCAAUGUCCCUGCUGAGUACUUGAACAUUGUACUCAUAUUUGGAGCGAUUUGAAAGAAAAACGAUCUGCCAACUAACAGCUGUUUCACGGGACAUUGUAGCUGUAAUCGCGACAGUGAGGCUGUACGGAUAGUAGGGAGAGGCCGUCAACGCGAAACUAGGGAAGGGAGUGGAAGGUCCCCCCCUUCUCUUCCUAAACAGCAAGCAGUGUACUCUUUGGACAGCACUGGACUAAAACUCUAUCCCGAGGUCCCUCAACGUUUAUCUGGUUGCCAAAGACAAGUACAUCCCGCUCAGAUUAGGCCAGGGACCCGCAGACGUGGAAGUUGCCGACGUUGGCAUUGGGUUUUGCCUUUGCUUUGGUGACACCGGUAUGGUUAAGUGGUAUGUGAGCGAGACAAAUUCACAUGUUUCCUGAAAAAUGAGACAAUGAAUUUGAUUUAUUUAUAAUAUUUGCCAUUUUAUCGAGCUAACUAGCCGGUCAGCUAAUGCAGUUUGGAGGGAGAUUACUUUAAGCAAAUUAUUGCCCGUAUUUGUGUCAAGGUAUGUUUACUGUCUUGUGUAGGAUUUGGCAGAAGAGAAGGCUCCUUAUCGAGAGCGAGCAUGGAGGGCCGUUGUGGAUUUAGCGAACUUUGCUAGCUAGCUAGCUCAGUCCUAGACUUGUUUUUAACUAGAUGUAUUUGUUUUAAUUACUUUCAUGCUUGUCACUUGCGAGGUCGAUUUGUUACGGUUUACCGAGGGGUGCUUUCGACGAAUAAUUGAUUAAUGCUGUUAAAGGAUAUAGCAAUCCAGUUAACCAGCUAAAUAACCCGGGUUAAGCUCGUGCACCCUAAUGAAGGAAUAUAAGGUGGUUGUGCUGGGAAGCGGCGGCGUCGGCAAGUCCGCGCUGACUGUCCAGUUUGUCACGGGCACGUUCAUCGAGAAAUAUGACCCCACGAUUGAGGACUUCUAUCGGAAAGAGAUCGAAGUGGACUCGUCGCCUUCGGUGCUGGAGAUCCUUGAUACGGCGGGGACAGAACAGUUCGCCUCCAUGCGAGACCUGUACAUCAAGAAUGGCCAGGGUUUCAUCCUCGUCUACAGUCUCGUCAAUCAGCAGUCAUUUCAGGACAUCAGGCCGAUGCGUGACCAGAUAGUCCGGGUGAAGCGCUUCGAGAAGGUGCCACUGAUCCUGGUGGGGAACAAGGUGGACCUGGAGUCCGAGAGGGAGGUGGCGGGGGCGGACGGCCGGGCCCUGGCCCAGGAGUGGGGCUGCCCGUUCAUCGAGACCUCGGCCAAGAGCAAGACCAUGGUGGACGAGCUGUUCGCCGAGAUCGUCCGUCAGAUGAACUAUGCCACGCUCCCGGAGAAGCAGGAGCAGUGCUGCACGGCCUGUGUGGUUCAGUGAGAGGGCGGAGUGAGUGGGACACAUCAUCCGCUCACAUCAUCCUCUCACACCUUGCCCCAGGAUCUCCCCAACCGGUUAUCGCUUUGAUGUCAUAUGACCCCAGGAACCACUUUAUGCUACAUCAUACAUUUUGACCUCUUUGGCGGGCAGCUUCACCAGAGGGCAGAUUCUUAACUGUUCAAAUGGAGUGAGACUUGGUCCGGCCCAACCUUUGAUACCUUGUUUGUGGAGCACAUUCACCGGCAGAUCCACUGGCCUUCACGAUGACCCCGCCCAGGAAAGACCUACACUCUGAUGUGUACUGGACAGACUUAUGGGUAAAAGAUGACGGAGGGCUGUCUAUGGAUUUCUGUUGUCUCAUUUGAGGUCAGGAGGGAGGGGUCGUUGAGCAGUUAUCCGCUCUGGACCACAGUGUUUUUUUGUUUUGUUUUUUUAAAGCUGCUCAUUCAUUAUAUCUGAGUUAAACUUGUAUUGGUUUAUUAAAUCUGGGUGUCUAAUUUUGAAGUGAUAAUAGCCAUAAAGCAGGUUGGUGCUGUGGGCCAGAAUUCAAUCAAUCUGUGGUAAAGAGAUGAUUGCUGUGCUCUGUAAUGUCUGAAACACUAUGGUGGUCGUAGAAAUAAACCGGACAUCUUUUUUUUUUUUUUGAGGGGUUGUGGUCGAGCCAUGUCAGUGUGCCCCCCAAAGCAUGAGAUGUCAAUUUUGGUUGAGAUGGUCAAAUGUUUGUUUGUUUUUCUGACUACCACAGUGGCUUUAGAUACAGGACAUGUAGGUUCCUUUUAGAUCAAAUUGUGGCCCUAAACUAACUUUUACAUUCUUUUUAUAUUACGUUUGCUUUUCUCAACCUAUUUAUUAAAAUCUCUAAUUGCAUUAUUAGCCAAUUAUCAGCUUUCUUUUAUACUUGCUUUUGGUUUUGUGACUUUAAAGUGUAUGUUGUUUUUAACGUUGAGAAUUAACAGAGCCUUAAAUGAUUUCAGUCUUA